AUGCAAGAAAUCACAGGAAGUGUGAAAAAGGAUUCCAUACCCUUCUUCUUCCAACUCUACGUCAACAAGGAACGCAAAGCUUCGGAAGAUCUUCUCAAAGACGCGGAGAAGAAUGGGAUUAAGGGCGUGUGGUUCACCAUCGACGGACCCGUGCAGGGGAAACGAGAAGGAGACGAGCGCGUGAAAGUCGAAUCCGCAACCUUCGCCAAAGCCGCCAUCAGCGGCGCGGCCGCCACAAACGACAAGAAAGGCGGUGGCCUCGGUCGCACCAUGGGCGGCUACAUAGACGACACAUUUAACUGGGAUGACAUCGCCUGGCUGCGCCAAGCGACUAAACUACCCAUAGUAGCGAAAGGAGUUCAGACAGUCGAAGACGCGACGCGGACGACGAACGAUUAG